AUGGGUCAGUCUUGCAGUUCCUGUAAGAGCGUACAGCAUGGGUACGAAUUCAAACGGGAGGACUCCCCUGAUCCGGUAAUGUACGAUGUGAUGCGGAAAUCGCUUGAGGUAACCACUGAAACAAUCAGAAAGCGCAAUGCAAUAGGGCAACAUCACCUACUAUACAAGAAUCUAUCCAAACAAUCUUCACCAGUCGCUGGUUCUUCGCCUGGAAGUACUAUGUCCGCUCCAGCAUCUUGUCCCACUCGUUUGGUAGUACGACGAGGCUCUAUGCGGAAUGAUGAGGAAGGGAAACAUAUAUACGCAAUUCGAUAUCCCGAAGACAUCAAAGACUUGUUUGUUUCAGAACAAGCCAUGGCCACAACACCAACAUUUGGACAAGAGCAGUGUCCUCCCCGAAGGCCGAUGCACGCAGCAAUUAGGCCGAGUGCCAAAAAAGAGCUCCCAAAGAUUGAGGGAGAAACAUUUGCUAGAGAAAACUUGCAACAGAAUCCCGUUCAAAAAGUCGUCGAUUGGGUCACCGUGUCGGAAGAACACAGCAUCUUCAUUGCAGACGUUGGUCUCAUUCCCGAGGAUUGUGAUCAAAUAGUUGCCGCAACGGAGCAUGUUUGUCGAGGUCAGUAUGCGGCGUACACGUAUGCCAAACAAACUCUUGGUUGUCGAGAAUAUCCAACCUUGGUGAGAGCAUGUUUUCCGCCAGUUCAUACGGUGGUUCAUGCCAUUGGAGAAAAAUUCAACGAGAGUCGGCGAUUGCAGCUGGAUGAUCGGGAACCCCACAUGGUGAAAUACGACACGACCAAAAAGGAACGGCAAAAGCUAGACAUGCAUACGGACAAAUCGGAAUGGACUUUUUUGAUUGCCUUGAGCAAUGGCUGUGGUGUGGACUAUGAAGGUGGUGGAACAUAUUUUGAAUGCAUUGAUGCCGUAAUUCACCUUCAAAGAGGUCAUGCACUCAUCUUUCCAGGGAAACUCCGGCACUGUGGAAAGAAAAUCAUUGGUGGUUUGAGAUUUCUCCUUGUUGGCUUUUUAGUUGACAAAUCAACCAACAAGGAGAAAUUGGCCAACAAGGAAAAUGAUGAAAUCAGUGCCGAUGGCGAAGUCGACGAUGCGGAAAGUAGAGAUGACACGGAUGCUUCUGUGGAUCAAGACAACUACUCUGACACUCCAAUGUCAAAGUGUAUUGACUUGCAAUGCUAG